GCACUAUUGUUCUCCCUCUAACUUCACGACAUAAAGGAGAGGGAGAUCAGAAGCAUUAGGGUUUAAGCAUUUCUCCAAAUAGAGAGUAAAUUCUAAAUUGUUAGGGUUACGGUCAGGGUUGUGGUUUAAACAAGGAGGGAGAAAAUGGUCGCUGACAAGGGGAAGAAGAUGAAGGUAGCAGAGAGAGGGGAGGAGGAGGAGGAGGACAAUAACCAAAUCGAUGAAGCGCUCGUCCUCUCAAUCGAGAAGCUCCAGGAGGUUCAGGACGAUCUCGAAAAGAUCAAUGAAGAGGCAAGUGAUAAGGUCUUGGAAGUAGAGCAGAAGUAUAACGAGAUACGCAAGCCAGUCUAUGAUAAUCGGAAUGAGAUCAUAAAAAACAUUCCUGACUUUUGGUUAACUGCUUUUUUAAGUCAUCCUGUUCUUCAUACAGUUCUAAAUGAAGAGGAUCAAAAGAUAUUCAAAUAUAUAAGCUCCUUGGAGGUGGAGGACUUUAAAGAUGUUAAAUCUGGUUACUCCAUAACAUUUAACUUUCAACCCAAUCCAUAUUUUGAGGAAACAAAGCUUACGAAGACAUUCACAUUCCUUGAUGAAGGAACAACAGAAAUUACUGCUACACCGAUUAAGUGGAAACAGGGAAUGGGAAUGCCUAAUGGAGUGACACAUGAGAAGAAAGGGAACAAAAGACCUUUUAUUGAUGAAGGCUUCUUUGGCUGGUUUAGUAGUAGUGCCCAGAAAGAGUCAUUGGAGAAUUAUCAGGAUGAGAUUGCAGAAGUCAUAAAAGAAGAUUUAUGGCCCAAUCCACUCGCUUAUUUCAACACUGAUCCUGAUGAUGAGGAGUUUGAAGGGGAUGAAGCUGACGAGGAGGAUAAGGAUGGUGACGAUUCUGAAGAGGACGAUGAGCAAGAUGACGAAGAAGAUGAUGAUGCAGAUAAUUGAAUGCUCUUUUUAUGUCUGAUGUCAGAUUUCACCAUUUGGGUAACAGCUCAUGUGAAGUGGUUUUUGAGGGAUUUACGAGUAUCAACAGCUGCUAAGGAUAGUUACCAAUCUCAAUCUUAAUCUUUGAUUAUGGCUCCCUCUACUGUGUAGUUAUCUGACCGGCACCAUGUUCAGUCGGUGGUUUUCUGGCUCUCUUUUUUUCCCCUCCUAGUGAAAGGCCUUUCAUUCAUUUCUUGUGCGGUUCCCUUCCUGAACUUCAGAUUUCUAGAUGAUUUUGGUAUCAUGGACUUGUUAUAUUUGACAUGUCAUUUAGAUCCUUGAUCAAAGAAGAAGUAGACAUAUACCAUAUUAUGGUGUAAAAUUGUUUGGAUAAUUAUGCAUAUACUUGCAAACAAGUGACCUGUGCUGCUAUCAAUAUCAUCAUUUUAAGCGCAUCA